AUGCCUAACAACGCACCACAGAAUAACUACGCAGAUCCUCUGGCGACCAAUAUGAACCAAUAUUACGGCGUCCCUGCUCACAACCCCCCAAGCUUUGACAUAAAUCUAAAUGGAAACGCCACUUAUUUAACUCAACACAUCUCGCCCAACACAGAUCUUGCACCUUCCAGCUAUUCAGUUACCAUGUCCACAUGGUACAAGUGCUGGUACCAAUGCUGUUGCUGCCUCAGGGCUCAGAGUUAUGUCGACUAUCAUCACCGUUUUCUAUUCCUAUGGAGGGAGAGACAGAAGUCCAGAAAACGGGAGCUUGAUGAGUUCCACGAUGACGACGAAGAGGACAGUGGAGAUAUGAGCUGA